AUGGUAAAGAAGGAGGUGGAGGAGUCCGGUAUCGAUAAGAAGGACAUAGUGUUGUCGGGAUUCUCUCAAGGCGGCACGAUGUCCUAUUGGGUUGGACUGCAGCAGGGUGGCUACGGUGGUGUCGUCUCAAUGAGUGGCUGUGUUCUCCGACCUGAUGAGUUCCGGCUAGCGUCUGAUGCUGUUGAUACUCCUGUCAUUCAAUGCCACGGUACCAGCGAUCCAGUUAUCCUUCCUAAGUAUGCUCAGGAGACUAUAGACCAUCUUCGUGAACUCGGCGCAAAGAAUCUCACUCUAACUUGGUAUUCCGGUAUGGAGCAUUCGGCCCGCGAGAAUGAGAUCGACGACAUUGCACUGUGGCUGAAAUUGAAAGCUAAACUCGGCUGCCGAGAGAAAACGGAUGAUGAACUUGUCAGAGGUCUGCCUGUUAAGCAACUGAAGCAUGCUUUGCGGCUGUUCAAUGUGGACUCUACUAAAGUCGCUAACUGUGUUGAAAAGGCAGAAUUAUGCGAGGCCGUCUUGGACGCUAUGAAGACCCACUGA